UAUGUAUGUAUACACACACACACACACGCACUCACAUUUUCUCAUCUUGAGACAUGGCUCUGCGUUUGAACAACCCAUCUUCUUGCCGCUCCUUUGUGGCCCCACUUGUCUCUAUGAAUUCAAGUCGCAGCUUCAGUGUGCGCAGUCAGUUGAACACUAGUGAUUCUCACAAGUUGGUGCUGGAAGUAAAAGAGAAGCUUGAAAAAGAUCAUCACAGUCUACCUGUAGGCAAAUGCGGAAGAGAUGAUGAAGAGAUGAUCCUGUGGUUUCUGAAGGACCGCAAGUUUUCUGUGAAUGAAACUGUUUCAAAAUUGACUAAAGCAAUUAAAUGGCGUCGAGAAUUUGGUGUUGCAGAGUUGUCUGAAGACUCCGUCAGAUCUGCUGCUAAGACUGGAAAAUCUUACUUGCAUGACUUUCUUGAUGUCCAUAAAAGGCCAGUGAUGAUGGUUGAUGCGUCCAAACAUAUUCCUGGGGAAUCAGUUGAAGAUGAGAAAUUGUGUGUAUAUCUGAUUGAGAAGGCAUUGAGUAGACUUCCAGAGGGGAGAAAUGAUAUUCUUACGAUAAUUGAUCUGCGGGGAUUUGGUACCAAGAAUGCUGAUCUCAAGUUUGUCACCUUUUUGUUUGAUGUGUUUUACUACUACUAUCCAAAACGUUUAGGCCAAGUCCUUUUUGUGGAAGCUCCCUUUGUAUUCAAGCCAAUUUGGCAGCUAGUGAAGCCCAUGUUGAAGUCAUACGCUUCAUUGGUGAGAUUUUGCUCGGUGGACGAAGUCAGGAAGGAGUAUUUUACAGAAGCAACAAUUCCUGCCACUUUUAGGAGUUGACAUGUAUAUUACCAGAGGAUUCCACUUAUAUAGUUUGGAAGGUGUCUUCAGCAUCCACUUAAGUUAUGUAUGAGUUUAAGACCUCCCAGGGCUCUUGGUAGAGGGAAAGGAGGCGGGUAACCCUUCGAGUACAAUAUAGCCAGACAAAAUAAAAGUAUUUUACACAGAGAGAAUGUAGAAUAAAGUUUUACGGGGGUGUAUUCGAUUGGGAUUUUAAUGCAUUGUUUUUAGCUUAUAGAUUUUAAUGGACUGUAUGAGAUUUUGAUUUUGUGCGGAUUCUUGAUGAAAUGUCGCAGAGUUGAUUGGAUUUA